AUGGGCAAUAAGGAGAAAUUCUCUUACACCCUCCUCACCCUCUGGUCGCUCUCGCUCCUGUACCUGCACAUCGCCGUCGUCCGCCUCGACGUCCUGAGGAUACGCUCCUGCGAUUACCCUCAAGCCACCGCAUCGCCGCGCAGUCCCUCUCCCGCCGCCGCACGCGUCAAGGCACUCGCCAACGUCAGUACUUCUCACCAUAAUCGUGCUUCACGUGUGAUCUGUGUAUCACCCACUCACCCUCACUCAACCACUCACAUACUCCCCACUCAACCAUCAACCACUCACCACUCACUCAACCACCUCAACCACUCACCACUAUCACCACUCAAUACCGCCCGCUCAUCGACCAUCGACCACCCGCCCACUCAUCAACCACUCAACCGCCCACUCUACCGCCCACUCACUCAUCGACCAUCAUUACAUCGACUACUCGCCCCAUCAACCGCUCAUCGGUAUCGGGGGAAAGCCUUGGGGGAUAUUGAUGCCCGCCGUAUCUCUCUUGGUCUGCUUGCUGGGCAGCUUUCGGGGUUUAUUGGCGGUGGAGAGGAAGUUCAAAAUGCACUUGUGAAUGGUUUGCACAGUAAUGUAACUCAGCUUGAAAAGCUUUUGGAAACAUCUUGUGGAGAUGGGGAGUGUAAUUGUGAUAUUAAUAAUUUCCGUGAUGAUCAUCUUAAAAAUCUUCAAGAUAAAUUUAAUGAAGUUGAUAAAAUUGCAACAAAAAUUUAUAGCCUUAAAAAGCAAAAAGAUGAAAAAAGGAAGGCGCCUGGAAGGGCGCCGCCCGUCAGUGAUACUGAGAUUCUGAAGAAAAUUGAGCUAAAAAAUAAGGAGCUUCAAAAAGAAAAAGAGGAGCUUAAAAGGCAAAUUAAUGAGCUUCAAACUCAAUUAAAAGAGCCUGAAAAGCAAAUUAACAAGAAAAUUCAGGAGCUUAAUACAGAGAUUAAGCGUCUUGAAAGUGCAGUUGAAGAGGAACGUAAAAGGCAAAUUGAUGAGUAUACACAACAGGGAUAUAAACCUGAUGAAGCAAAAAAAUAUGUUUCUAUUCCCUCCCAUCUUUCCAAUCCUCUUGAAACUGAGCAGGCUAAAUUGAAGUCUCAUGAGGCUUCGUUGACAUCGCUUGAAAGUCUUGAUAAGCUUAUUACAUUUCAUCAGAAUGUUGACAGCGAUAAAAAUGGAAAAUGUAAAGAUAUUUUAGAUAAUUUGUGCACUGGCCUCGAAAAAUUUCUCGGCUACCAUGAUGGUAAUUACACUGGCAGUGGCAUCGUGUACUCGGACCUUGACAGGCUGUGCGACGGGGUGAUGUCUUUCCUUCAUGGAGUUUUAAGUAACAUUCAGCCUCAUUUAGGCCAGCAUAAAACACAAAUUAGCGUUGCACUUAACUCACUUAACACCAAUAAACACUCUGGUAAAGAGGGUUUUAAUAAGGCAAUUGGCGAAGUGGUCCAGGGGGUGAGCAAGUAUAAUGAGGGUGUGAGGGAGUCGAACAAUCAUCUCAAGAGCAAGAUUCAAGAUUUCGACGGGCAAAUGAGAAAUCUCAAGGAAACGGUAAGUGAAAUAUUGGAGAUUAAUUCUGUUGCAGGUGAUCAAGAUCUUUCCAAGAUCAUGACCAAGGCCGACAACGUGGCGAGGGACUGUCUCAUGACAGCUGGAGCAUUUCACAGAUAUAUGAAUGAUGCACAUAAACACAUAGCCGACCUAAAUAACAGUUGUAGACACAAUGUAAAUAAUGCUGUUAAAGCAGUUAACCACGAAAUUAAGAGGCUCCGUGACCUCUCCACCAGAGAGUGGACCAACCUAGCUAACUUGACGAAUAAAACCAGCGAGCUGAAAGCAUUGAUUAGCGGUAUCAAGAAACAAAUUGAAGACAUCCAUCAGAAGUUGGUAGAGUAUGUUGCAGACUUGCAGAAAUGGAUAGGUGCUGCAGAUGAAAUUAUGACUACGGCAUUGAAGAAGGUGGAAGCCAUACUAAAAGAGGUGAAUGAUCCGAAACCGAGUGAAAAGGCGAACAAUAAGAAAGAGAUUGAGAAGGCGGCUCAGGAUAUUUCGAAUAUGACUACUACACUUAAUGCGCAUUUUGUGAAGGUGAAGAAGCAUUUCGACAGCGUGAAGCUUGAAAAUCUUAAAGCCUUUGAACAUUUCAAAGUGCCAGAAUCUUUUGAUAUGUUUAACCAGAAGAUUGCCACUGGAUGGAAUUUGAGUGGUGAAAUCGACGGGCUUAAGAAGGAGCUUAAUAAUAGUUUGAAAAAAUAUGUUGAUGAUGUUCUCAAUAGAAUUAGGGAGAAGUUGGGUUAA